CAUAUAGGCAACAUGUUUCUGCUCCACAUGGUUACAUGGAGCGCUUGCAGGCAGUGGCAGGGAGGGACAAGAGGCAAAGAGAAUGAGGCUGGAAAAAAAGAGCAGAAAGAGAGAGUUUAAUACUCCCCUUCAGGCAUCCGAACAAGUCUGGACUGUUCUGCUGCUGCUUGUGUUGUGUUCAGACUACGCUACGUAAGGCGCCCUCGGCAAUCAGAAAUCGAGUUUUGACAGUCUCCUCCAGGGAUGCAGCGACAGGACCUCAGUUAUUGAGCUACAGUGGAUGACCGAGGAGUUGCUUCGUGCUUUUUUUUUUUUUUUUUGUGAAGCUGUGAUACUGGACAUCAGUGACUUGUGAAUAACUGCUGUGUGGCCAGACACUGAGCGGGGAGCGAGGGCUGGAUAUGCCACAGGUGGAAAGGUGGGGAGCGGCAGGCAGUGGCCCGGUGCACGGAGCAGAGAUCCUCUAGUAAGGUUGUGAAGAUGUGGAGCUGGGUAUUCCCUGUGACAGUCCUGCUGUCCUCUAUGAAACAGGCUGAAGCUCAGGGCAGUUGUAAUAAUGUGCAAGCAGCAGAUAUUGUUUUCCUGGUUGAUGGGUCUUCCAGUAUUGGCAGAGCUAACUUCCUGCAGGUGAAGGGCUUUAUGGCUGGAAUAGUCAAGCCAUUUGCCAACUCUGUCAGCGAGUCAGGGAUACGGUUUGGGGCCGUACAAUACAGUGACACCUCCAGGGUUGAAUUCACCUUUAGCACGUACCUGAAUGGCACUGAGCUGGUCAACGCUGUACAGAAUCUGAACUAUAAGGGUGGAAAUACACGCACUGGUGCUGGACUCAAAUUUGUUGCUGAUAACUUCCUCAACCCUUCGUCCAGUCGGAAUGUCCCAAAGAUCACUAUCCUGAUCACGGAUGGGAAGUCACAGGACAGUGUGCAGGAACCAGCACAGAAGCUGCGCAGUCAGGGAGUGCAUGUUUUUGCAGUUGGUAUAAAGAGUGCAGACAAGAAUGAAUUGGCUCAGAUCUCCUCCCAGCCGAGCAGUGAUUUCACUUCCUUUGUCGGGGACUUCAAAUUGCUGAACACACUUCUUCCUCUUGUGAGCCCUCGAGUGUGUUCCAAAGCAGGAGGAGUCUAUGCAAGCGAUGAGGCAUACUCUGGUCCGUCAAACAUUCAGUUCACAGGCCAGACGUCUGACUCUCUCAGGUUCCGCUGGAGCGCUGCAGGGGGGCCUGUGAGUGGCUAUGUCGUCCAGUAUGUGCCACUCUCAGGCCUGGGUCAACCUAUCACAGCAGAGCUGCGUCAGGACACCGUUUCUGCCAAUCAGAGGACCUUUACCGCACGAGAGCUGAGGUCAGGAACCGACUACUUGGUGACUGUCAUUGCCCAAUACCCCAACAGUGUGGGAGAGUCUGUCUCUGCCAAGCAACGAACCAGGUCCUUGCCAGGGGUCUCCAGUCUACGUCUGGUGCAGGCAGGCUUCUUCUCUCUCUCUGUUGGCUGGGAUCAGCCUUCAUCUCCUGUCCAGGGAUACCGACUUACAUAUGGACCACGAGGUCAGCCAGCAGCUCAACUGUUGGAGCAGUCUCUGUCUGCAGACUCCACAUCUGUUACCCUGGAGUCACUUCAGCCCGACACAGAGUACGUCAUCAGCCUCUACCCCCUGUUCCCCCGAAACUCUGCAUCCCCGUCCAUCCUCAACGCUCGUACAUUGCGCCUUGAGGCAGUGCAGCAGUUAUCAGUGGAGACGGCGUCAGAGGGCAGUGUUCAUGUGCGGUGGAGAGCAGUCGCUGGCACGCGAGCCUACCGUCUAGUCUGGGGACCGUUUACAGGCCGGAAUGUUGAGAGUGUUGAGGUUGCUGGUGACACUCAGUUUCACACUUUGUCCAGACUUCAGCCAGACACUGAGUACAUCCUCACUGUCAUCCCGCUGUAUGAAGGCAACACUGAGGGCCCUGUAGCAACGGCCAGAUUCAAGAUAGAGCGUCAGGAGCAGCAGGUCCUCAGAGCAGCUACCACUGGACCCUCCUCUAUCCGCCUCACCUGGAGAAUCAUUCAGUCCUCUCAGGGGUAUCGCCUGGAGUGGAAGGAGGGGGAAGGAGGCCGUGUCCAGACGCUGUCCUUCCCUAGAAGCACCAGCAGCUAUGAGCUAACAGGCCUUCAGCCCAACACAGAAUAUGUCAUCACCCUGUACACCCUGUUUGAAGGUCGUGAAGAGGCCACACCUGUCUCCACCACAUCCAGAGAGGAACAGCCAGUCGGGAGGGUGUCCAACCUGAGAGUGGUGGAGUCUCUGGGCACCAUCGUCAGACUUGGCUGGACUGGUGUUGCUGGGGCCACACAAUACCGCAUCAUUAUCCUAAACACUGAUGCGGGAACAGAUGAAAUUCAGGUUAUCCCUGGAAACCAGACGACCCUUGACCUCAGAGACCUGACAGUGGGGGUGUCUUAUGGUGUGAGUGUCACAGCACUGGUAGGAGAAAAUGAAGGAGACCCAGUGACUGUCUACAUCAAACCAGAACAAGGUGCUGGCAGAGUGACUAACCUCAGAGUGACAAACGCAAACAGUCGGAGAAUUCGAAUUGCCUGGACAGGUGUUACUGGGGCAACAGGGUACAGGAUUACUUGGAGACAAGGCAACAUUGCGGAGCAGUCUCGUCUUGUGGGUGCGGACAUCUUGGCUUUCACUAUAGAUGGCCUACAACCAGAUCAGGCGCUGAUGAUUGGUGUUGCAGCUGUGGUUGAUCAGCGCGUUGGAGAGGUGGUCACACUUUCUUCCCGGACUAAUCCCCACAGUGGAUCAGUGUCUGGCCUUCAGAUCAUUGACGUCACAUCUCGGACGAUACGCAUUGCAUGGACGCUCUCCCCUAGAGCGACUGGCUAUAAGAUCACUUGGCGGCGUGAUGAUGGAGCUGAAACAACUCGUAAUGUGGCUGCUGAUGUCUCCUCCUUCGUCAUUGAUGGACUACAGUCAGAUUCUGCCUACAGUGUGUUAAUUUCUGCACUGAGUGGCUCUCGAGAAGGAAGUCCUGCCACUCUGACUAUCAGAACAGAGUCAGAUCAGUCUGUGGUCGGGACGGUGACGUCACUGCAAGUCCAGGAAACCCGGGGAGAGGUUGUCCGAGUCACUUGGGUUGGUGUGCAGGGAGCAACGGCUUAUCGCGUGUCUUGGAGGAGAACAGAUGGUGGUGAGGAGAAGAGUCAGCUGGUCGGAGGAGACGUGACAGCAGUGGAUUUAGACCGGCUAGACCCUGGAGCUCAGUAUGAGGUGCAGGUCAAGGCUUUAGUUCAGAACCGAGAGGGAACCCCUGUGUCUGUCAGAGUCACCACACCUGGUCCCCCACUACCCACCACAACUUUACAAGUGGCAGAGAUUACCCAGAGUUCUGUGCGGCUGGGCUGGACUCCACUACAAGGUGCCAGGGGAUAUAUUCUACGCUGGAGAGAGGAGACAGACACUGGCCGGGGCCAGUCUGUUACGCUCCCGGCUUCAUCCAGCUCUUACCAGGUGACUGGGCUUCGUUUGGGCCGUCGAUACCGCUUUACCAUACAGCCCACCUUUGAAAGUGGACUGGGAACAGAAAGCUCUGUCGAUGAACGCACUGUGUGUGUGGGCGGGCGUUUGGAUGUGGUGUUCCUGGUGCCGGCAUCUACGGAUCGGAUAAACCUUGCAAGUCCUCUGCGUGCACUUCUCACUAGUGCAGCUGGGUCGAUCCACACCAUUGGACCCCGCGACUCACAGGUGGGAGUUGUUGUGUAUGGUUACAGACCCAAAAUAUGGUUCCUGCUUAAUCGUCACAGCAGGUUUGACACACUGCUUCAAGAGAUCCAGUCCACACCUUUUGAUGAAAGCCCAGGGAAUAAUAUUGGCCAGGCAGUGACUUUCACCCAACAGUACCUUUUGACCCCCUCAGCUGGACGGAGACCGACGGUCCCCGGUGUUGUUGUCAUCAUUGCUGACAAAAAAUCUGCUGACAACCUCACUCUGGCAGCCAGUAAUCUCAGAACUACAGGUGUGACAGUAUUAGCAGUGGGUGUAGACCGGGCGAAUACUGAUGAGCUGCGUCGGGCAUUGACGGAUGGCAACACCCGGAACAUCCUGUAUACGCGUGAUGCAGCACAGUUGGACACACUACAUACUGGUCUGGCAGACUUGCUUUGUGGUAUUGCCAGAGUACCAGUGACCGGUCCAGACCGGUGUACCGUUCAGUGCCCUCGGGGUGAGAGGGGAGAACGUGGAGAGAAGGGUGACAGUGGCAGAGAUGGUGCAGCUGGACGCAAGGGAGAGCCUGGUCGCGAUGGUUUGCCUGGGAGGGAUGGCCCCAGAGGCCCUGAAGGACGCCCAGGUCCACCAGGCCAAACUAUCCCUAGUGAGCCCUCAGCAAGGGUGAAAGGUGAAAAGGGGGAGAGAGGUUUUCCUGGUGUUGAUGGGAGUCCAGGGUUGCCAGGACGACCAGGUUCCCCUGGAAAUGUAGGAGUCCCGGGUUCACAGGGCAUACCUGGUAUCAGAGGAGACACAGGUGAACCCGGUGUGCCAGGGUCACCAGGGUCAAAGGGCGAUAAAGGUGAAAGGGGUGAGCCAGGUUCAGCUAUAUCUGGAGGGGGUCUUCCAGGGAGGAAAGGAGAACCAGGCAUCCCAGGAAUACCGGGUGCCCCUGGUCGGCCAGGUAGCGACGGAGCUAAAGGUGCUGCUGGAGUUUCAGGAACGCCAGGUCAGGAUGGUCGUCCAGGGAUACCAGGAACACCAGGACUCUCUAUCAAGGGAGACAAGGGCAGUACAGGAGAGAGGGGACCUCCAGGAGUAGGCAGCGGGGUGGCUGUGAAGGGCGAGAGGGGCUCCCCAGGUAUUCCAGGAUCUCCAGGGGAUCAGGGUUCUAGAGGGCUAGCAGGACCACAGGGCGCCAAAGGAGACAAGGGUGAUGGUGGUGUUGGGCCGCCCGGACCAGUGGGCAGGCAAGGAGAGCCCGGGGACAGGGGUCCUCGUGGGUCUCCAGGAGAAAUUGGCAGCAAGGGCGACCGUGGACAGCCAGGUGAGCCUGGAUCACAGGGAGACAGGGGGGAGAGAGGAUUGGUUGGUGAAACUGGGGAGAGAGGGGACCCAGGGAAACCAGGCCUCCCAGGAACACAAGGGUUGAGAGGUUUACCAGGGCCCAGUGGACUGGAAGGAGAAAAGGGAAACAAAGGCGAACGAGGGGAGCCCGCCAGAAGUGUUCCAGGUUUGGCAGGACAGAAAGGGGAACGGGGUGAGCGAGGCCUCUCUGGUACUGAGGGGCAGAGGGGAGAAAAGGGAGAGCAAGGACAGAGAGGAGAGAAAGGGGCUCCAGGGUCAGGAGGGUCAGGCGUGCUUGGAGCUAAAGGAGAGCCAGGAGAUCGAGGACCUGCUGGUAUCAGUGGAAGGCCGGGUACCAAGGGAGACCCAGGUGAACCAGGGGAGCGGGGGGAGAAUGGGCGGCCAGGAAUCCCAGGAAAGCCCGGUCUUCCUGGGAAAGAGGGAGAAAGAGGAGAGAAGGGUGAUGAAGGCACUCCUGGUGAAUCUGGACUUCCAGGGAAGUCAGGAGAAAGAGGACUGAGGGGACUUGCCGGUCAGCCAGGACGACCAGGAGAGAAAGGAGACUUGGGAGACCCAGGAGAGCAUGGAAGAAAUGGCAGCCCUGGACCUGCGGGACUGAGAGGAGAGAAAGGAGAACAGGGACCUCAAGGGCCUCCAGGACCACCAGGAAAAGUUUCUGACAUCAUAGGCCAGAGUAAAGGAGAGAGAGGAGAGAAGGGCGACGCCGGCGACCCAGGAGAGCAUGGCGGCAAAGGUCAGAAAGGCGAAGCAGGGACUCCAGGAGCCUCAGGCCUACGAGGUCCAGAGGGACAACGGGGGCCUGCAGGCUCAAGAGGUGACACAGGAGAAAGAGGAGCCCCUGGAGAGAAGGGAGAAAGGGGAGCAUCCGGGUUAGAUGGACGUCCUGGUCUGGAUGGUAAACUAGGUGCUGCUGGACCACCUGGUCAGAGGGGUGAUCCUGGGAAACAGGGAGAUCCUGGGAGAGAUGGUUUACCAGGACUUAGAGGAGAGCAGGGCCUCCGAGGGCCUGUUGGGCCUCCAGGCACUCCAGGGACACCUGGUAAAGCAGGUGAAGACGGCAAAAUUGGGCCUCCUGGUAAAAUGGGUGAGGAUGGUGUGCCAGGUGAAGAUGGGAGAAAGGGUGACAAAGGAGAAGGAGGAGCAGCUGGACGAGAUGGCCGUGACGGGCAGAAAGGAGAUCGGGGCCUUGUUGGGCCUGUAGGCCCCCCUGGUCCUACAGGGCCUCCUGGAGUACCUGGCAGCAUUGGUCCUCCUGGACAGGUUGUGUAUGCAAAAGGAGCUCAAACGGCACCAAUCCCAGGUCCACAGGGGCCUCCAGGAACCCCUGGUAUACCUGGGAUCCCAGGAAUUGGGGGAUCCACAGGGGAGAGAGGACUACCUGGUCUUAAAGGUGACGUUGGGGACCCAGGAGAAGAUGGGGCGCCAGGCAAACCUGGAACAGAAGUGGAUGUCCAGAGGGCCCUGGCUGGCCUCGGUAUUCAGGUGUCUGAUCUGAAGUUGGUUGUAGACAGGAAGCACGUAUCAGUGGCUCCUCCAGUGCAGAAGGCAGAGAGAGGUGAAAAGGGAGACAGGGGUGAACAGGGACCGAGAGGACCACCUGGUGCAGAUGGUGUUCGUGGUUUUCCAGGAGAGAGAGGAUCAAAAGGGGACCAAGGGGAGCGCGGACCUGUGGGAGCAAUUGGGCCUACAGGAAGAGCCAUUGGAGAGCGAGGACCAGAGGGACCCGCAGGUCCAGCUGGAGAGCCAGGCAAGCCAGGAAUACCAGGUCUUCCUGGGCGUGCUGGGGAACUGGGGGAGGCUGGAAGACCAGGAGAUAAGGGCGAUAGAGGAGAAAAGGGUGACAAAGGAGAAGCUGGUAAAAUCGGACUAACAGGACCAGCCGGCCCACAAGGUCAAAAGGGAGCAUCUGCUGAAUCAGUACUGAUUGGUACACCUGGUGCCAGAGGUCCUCCUGGACUUGGAGGACAGAAGGGAGAGCCCGGUGUUGCAGGACCACUGGGACCUAAAGGAGACCGGGGUUUUGCGGGGCCUCGUGGGGAUAAAGGAGACAGAGGAGAGCCUGGAGAAAAAGGACGGGAUGGCUCUCAGGGAAUACCAGGAGAACCAGGUAAACCUGGUCAGGAGGGGAAACCGGGUCUGACAGGGCCUGCUGGUCCUCGAGGCCAACCUGGCUUGCCUGGGUUCCCAGGAGUUCUAGGCAGACCGGGAAACCCAGGAGAGCCUGGCAUAAGGGGGCCAACUGGCCCCAUGGGUCCCAAUGGGCUUCCAGGUUCACCGGGUGUGAAGGGUAAUCAAGGAGAGGCAGGUGUUGGCGUCAAGGGUCCUCCUGGUGCCCAAGGGAGCACAGGUCUACCAGGACCAUCAGGUCCUCCAGGAGCUGUUGGUCCACAGGGCCCUCCGGGACUGCCAGGGCAGGUGGGUGAAGCAGGUAAACCUGGGGUCCCUGGAAGAGAUGGGGUGCCUGGCAAAGAGGGAACACAUGGAUUAUCAGGGAAGCAGGGCAUUGCUGGACCUCCGGGCCAGCCGGGCUUAAAGGGGGAGCAGGGAGACAGCGGUCCUCCAGGGAAGGCUGUCGCUGGACCUCAGGGACCCAAAGGAGAGAGGGGUCUUCCCGGUCAAACACUGCCAGGCAUAGCAGGCGAGAGAGGUCCACCUGGCGAAAAGGGUGUCAGGGGAGACAAAGGUACUGCUGGCAACAAAGGAGAAAGAGCAGUGGAUGGUGAACCAGGAGAGCCUGGAGAAGAUGGGGCACAGGGACCUCCUGGGCCAAAAGGAGAUAAGGGAGAAAAGGGCAUAGGACUUGCAGGUCCUCCUGGUCGGGAUGGGCCUCAGGGUUUAAAGGGAGAUCCAGGCCAUCCUGGGCCAGCUGGUCCCCCUGGGCCACAGGGGAAGUCAGGUGUCACUGGACCGGCUGGUCUGAGAGGAGAAAUUGGACAACUAGGACCUCCUGGACCACCGGGGGAGAAGGGUCCCCCAGGCUUUCCAGGCCGGGCAGGAAAUGUAGGAGCUCCUGGUCCUGCUGGACCUCCUGGACAGCCAGGCUCUCCUGGUACCAACGGGGUCAGAGGAGACAAGGGGGAGGUUGGAGUUGGAGUCCCAGGUCCCAGAGGAGAGAGAGGAGAUCCGGGAUCCAGGGGCGAGGAGGGUCGCACUGGCUUGGAUGGGGAGAGAGGACUGACAGGUCCCCCAGGGAUUCGUGGUAUUCGGGGAGAGAAGGGAGACAUCGGGCUGCAAGGUGACAAAGGAGAGAAGGGGGACACUUUGCUGGUGGGAGGACCUCCUGGAGAAAAGGGCAACAAAGGAGAACAAGGUGACAGAGGGCCCAAAGGUGUGCAGGGAGAAAAAGGGGUGAAGGGUCAAGAGGGUCCCGCAGGGGAGCAGGGUCUGAGGGGAGAGCCAGGAGAAAGAGGAUCCACUGGAUUCCCCGGUGCCCGUGGCCCUGGCGGACAGAAGGGAGAAGCAGGCCAACCUGGAGUACCUGGUGAAUCGGGUUUACCAGGAAAAGAUGGGAUGCCCGGGCAUCAGGGGGCCAAGGGAGAGACUGGUAUUGUAGGAAUGAGAGGAAUCAAGGGUGACCGAGGACUUAAGGGCGCUUGUGGAGACAAAGGACCCAAAGGAGACAAGGGGGAUGCUGGAAUUCAUGGGCGAUCAGGCCUACCAGGAAGAAAAGGUGAACAGGGUGACAUCGGACCUUUAGGGGUCCCUGGGGCCCCAGGAAAAGAGGGACUAGUCGGUCCAAAGGGUGACCGUGGUUUCGAUGGGGUUGCAGGACCCAAAGGAACUCAGGGAGAGAAAGGUGAAAGGGGUCCGCCUGGUGUACCCGGCCCUACAGGUCCUAGAGGAGUGGAUGGAGCCCCCGGCCUGACUGGCCCUCAGGGACCGGCUGGUGCUAGAGGCCCCGAGGGGCUCCAGGGACAGAAGGGAGAGAGAGGGCCGAUUGGUCCCGCCAUGAUCGGUCCACGCGGUAUCCCAGGGAUCCCGGGAGAGCGGGGGCAGCCGGGAGAGUUGGGCCCAGAUGGAGGCAAGGGAGACAGAGGAGAGCCAGGCAUGACGGAGGAUGAGAUCAGAGAUUACGUUCGCACAGAGAUGAGUCAGCACUGUGCGUGUGGAGGUUCAGGCCCAGUCAGUCGGUCCCAGCCCGUGGUCAGGGCUCGGCCUGCACCAGAGCCGGAACUGGUCGUGAAGGGUGAGAAGGGCCGUGAGCUGCGUGUGGUGGUGAACACCCACGACCCGGACUAUGAGCACAUCUACUCCAUUGAGGCCUACGACGACCCCAAUGAGGAGCUGCUCUACUUCACUCCCUCUUCCAACCAGAGUGAUGGUGAGGCUGUCAGAGAUGAAUCAGUCAAAGUUAAACCAAACAAAUCAGCCAGUGCUGACGUUCAGAAAGCAGCAUCAGUUGUUGGUCAGAAAGCAGCCAAAGUUACACCUCUGAAGGCAGUCAAGUCCAGAUCAGUCAGGUUCAAGAGGACAGUCAAAGGGGAAGCUCCAGCAGACCUGUGUCUGCUGCCAAUGGAGGAGGGGAGCUGUGGGCGAUACACUCUGCGCUGGUACUUUAACAGUCAGGUUCAGGCCUGCAGGCCUUUCAUCUACAGCGGCUGUGAAGGAAACGACAACCGCUUCCUCCACCUGGAGGAGUGUGAGGAGGUCUGCCUUGGGGAGGCCAAAGGUACUCACGCCUUGAAGACAGCACGGUGAUUGUGGCCAACUCCUCCUCAGCCACAGGAAUGUUAGUCUUUAUAUAGCUUUUAUAGAUCAUUAUUUUGUCAAAUGUCAAUGAUCAAGAUUUGUUUUUGUUUAUUUAUUGUUUCUUUAAACCCAACCAAACUUCACCCCAGGUUGAGAGGGGAUACCAUAGCGCAUCAUUGCUUUAUCAUUCUGCAAACCAUGCAAAAAAAAUAACAUGACAUUUUUUCUUUUUUAAUAUUUGCACACUGAAGAGGAGUGUAUUGCUUUUUUCAGACUUCACCCUGCCUCAGUUUUUCAGUUUAACUUUUUCUCAAUAUUGUGGUAUUUUUGUCCAUUUAUCCAUUUCAUGCUGCACACAGGUUACCACUUACCUGACACCUUUAAGUUUAACACAAAAGGCCUUCAGUUAAUAUCAGUUUGGCAAAGCUCAUGAUUACCUUGAUGGUCAUCCUUGGAGUUUGUAGUGUUGUUCAGUCGCUGCAGUAUGUGUGUUUACUGUACCUGGAGCCUGUUAACCCACUAAUUAUCAUAAUAAGAGUUCAGUCAUAAUGAAAUGUUCUAAUGUAAACAACUCAUUAAAACUGGCUCAUUUUGGGGGGAAAAACUUUCCUGUUCUUUGGAAGAGGUGGUUAAAUCUUUUACAACAGCAGAUUUAAUAUCAGAACAUCCACACUCUUAACUACCACUUGAGUUAAGCCAAAGAUGUUCCCCUGCAGAGAUGGAUCACUAGGUCCUCCACUGUUUGGUAUUUACAAGCACUUUUGACCCCUUGUUUGAGUAUUGUAAGGAGUAUUUUCUGUCAAAAAUGUCCAUUAUUAAAUCACAGCAGUAAACAAAGCGUUUGAACUUGACAUGGAGUCAUUGAUUGAAUUAAUUACAUGCAAAAAGAAUAAACCAGCCCAACUAACUGCAGCCAGUGUCGGUGAUGGUGUACAUGUGACCACUGUUCAUUUGAUUGUUGAGUUGCGCCACAAUCAAAGCCUGUUUUUAUAUCUGUGCUUCUUUAUGUUGGCUUAAGAAAGAUUGAUUCAUAAAAAUGGUGACUGUCAGACUUCUCUGAAAGUUGACACAUACCACUAAUUGGUAUUCAACUUCCUAUGACUCACUUGUGCAACUGCCUUUGUAAUCGUGAUUUGCAGUAGUUGUUGCCCCAGUUGCAAUGUGCCAAGGAGUGAAGUCUAAGCAAUCAUUAUGACAUCUAAACACAUGAAAGAGGAACACAAGUAGACCUUCAGCAACGCUGAAUGAAAUACACAUAACAGUAUAUAUUGUUGACGGACAGGACACACUACACCCUUUAUGAACUUUACAGACCAGGUAUUUACUGUAACAAUGUUGUGUUAUAAGGUGUUUUCAUUACUUUGUUCACUCCCUGUAUGUACUAUUUUAUAAAGUAGCGGAAGUGGGUGGAGUUGUAGGUUCUGUAAGUAUUUCUCCUGUUGUAGAUUUGCAUUUGAAAGUCACCCAGAUCAUGUAACUAUAACUAUUUCAACAUUUCAUUCAGCUGUGGAGAAGAUGCCAGCCAGAGGUGAAAUUAGAGCUUUAGAUUUACAUUAACACAUGAACACAAAGUAAAUUCAUUUAAACUGAUGGAUAAGUUGCAGGUUUCUACAAAUCAUUUACAGAUUUAAAGAACAAUAACAUGACAUGACAAAAACAGUACAUAAAAUAUAAAAUCUUCAACCAAAAGCAGAACUUUUUUAAAAAUUCAACAAGCUUCAGCCUGUAAUACGCAUAACAAAGUUCUACACUCUGAGAAGCAGUCUGAGUUAGCUUCUCAUAGUUUUUAUGCACACUGUCUUGUACUUUUUAUCAAGUAGACUUUAGUGUGGUUUAAACUAAUCAAUUAAACUGGGAUAUUAUUAUGCCCACCUUGGCCUUGGACCUAUUCUAACUGCAAGCCAUCUAAUGCUGUCUAUGCAGAAAAUUAACAGUACUUUAACUUCCAGAACUGAAGGAGUCCAAAAUAACUCCACCAACUUCCCUACACAAGAAUAACUAUGCAAGCACAAAUAUAUUGGGUUAUUAUUAAGGAUAUUGUUUUUUCAUUUGUAUUAAAUAUGAAGUAUCAAGCACAAUAUUCUGCAAAUAUUUUGUACAUAAUGAUUUUAUUAUUUUGGGAGAAUUUGUGUUUCUGAUCAUGACUGCAUGUUUACCUGCCAGAGAAAAGGUGCUAUUUUUAAAGGUAUUUUUAUACUGUGUAUUAAAGAUGGAAGCUUAUGUUUUUGUUGUGGUAUGAACCAUUGUUUCUGCAGUAGUAUGGAACAUUUUAAUAAGCAUUUCUAAUAAAUCAAAUGUUUAAGUAA